AUGGCAGAGCUCGGCGGCAUGCUUGCGGCUGCCAUCCUCAAGGUGGUGGGCGACCAGAUUGGUUCUGCGAUCAAAGCUGAGAUCACGCUGCAGAAUAACUUUGACAGGGAGCUGAAGAAGAUGCAGAUGGCUCUGGAGUCUGUCGAGGCUGUACUCAAGGUCGCCGAGAGGCAAUCCAUCACUGAUGAACCAACCCUAUUAUGGCUGAAGCGGCUUAAGGGCGCCAUGUAUGUCAUCUCGGACAUGAUUGAUGAGUUCGAGGCUGAUACACAAGCCAUCACCCAGCCAUCUGCUCGGAAGUUCUCUUUCAAAAAAUAUUUGGCAACUAUGAUCCCUUAUCUCACAGUUGGUCCAAAAAUUACAAUGGCCAAUAAGAUGGAGAAGAUGAGGGAGGAUUUGGAAGUGAUAACAGAUCAACACGAUAAAUUCAAAUUAACAGAAGGCACUAGUGCCAAUGACGCGAAGGUUACAGGUAUAUGGGAAACCACGUCAACCGUAGAGACACAGAUUGUUGGAAGGACUGAAGAUAAAGAUGAAAUAUUUGCUUCCUUAUCAGAGAGGAUGGCUGAAGAGAUCACAAUUCUUUCCAUUUGUGGAAUUGGAGGCAUUGGCAAGUCAACAAUGGCAAAAAUGGUUUACAAUAGUUCCCAGUUCAAAGAAUACUCUCAGGUGUGGGUUUAUGUGUCCCAGAAAUUUGAUCUAAAGAAAAUUGGAAAUUCUAUAAUAUCACAACUGUCAGAGAAAGGGAAGGAGAGCGGGUACACUAGAAUGGAGAUGGUACAUAAAUCCCUUCAAAAUAUACUAACUGACAAGAAGAUUCUGAUUGUUUUAGAUGACCUGUGGGAGGGUGAGGAAUUUCCUUUGGAAAGCCUGAUGGACAUGCUAAGGGUCGGCAAGGGCGGUAAUGUGGUUGUUAUUGUAACCACACGUGAUGAGAGUAUUGCAAAGAAAAUCUCUACCAUCAAACCAUACAAAUUAGCACCAUUGAGUGAUGACAUGUGUUGGUCCAUAAUAAAGCAAAAGAGUGCAUUCGAAUCUAGAGGCGACAAAGAACAAUUAGAGAAAAUAGGGAAAGUCAUUGCACUCAAGUGUGGUGGUGUGGCUCUAGCAGCUAAAGCACUUGGACACAUGCUACAAUCUAUGAAGUUUAGUGAAUGGGAAAAUCUCUGCUUUGCAUAUUGCGCAAUAUUUCCAAAAGGUCACAAGAUAAUUAAAGAUGAUCUUAUUCACCAGUGGGUUUCUCUUGGUUUCUCUACUUGGCAGCUCGGUGAGAGAUACAUUAGUCAGCUUUUGGCACUCUCUUUUCUUGAACAUUUGAAGUCACCAUCGACUAUCGAACUAUAUGAUGAAGAUAUGACAUUGUUGACCAUGCAUGACCUGGUGCACGAUUUAGCAAGAUCAGUCAUGGACGAUGAAAUACUUGUUGUUGGAAAAUGCGUCAACAUUCAGGGAAGAUGCUACCACUAUGCAUUGCUCGAUGAUUGUAGUAAGCCAUUGGGCUUGGAGUCAUCCAAGAUAAGGGCGCUUCAUUUUGCAGACUGUGACAAAAUUAAACUUCAUGAUGCGGCAUUUUCAUCUGCUAAGUCUCUUCGUGUUCUGGACUUAAGCGAGUGUUCCAUACAUAAGCUGCCAUAUUCUAUUGGUGUUUUGAAGCAGUUGAGGUAUCUUAAUGCUCCUAGAGUCCAAGAUGCAAUCAUUCCGAAUAGUAUCACCAGGCUCUCAAAGUUAAUGUACCUCAGCCUUCAUGGUUCUUCUAGAAUUUUUUCUUUGCCAGAAUCAAUUGGAGAAAUCGAAGGUCUGGCGUAUCUUGAUUUAUCAGGUUGUUCUGGAAUUGAAAAAUUGCCAGAAUCAUUUGGGAGGCUAAAAGAAUUAGUGCAUCUAGAUUUUGCAAAUUGCUCUUGUGUUGGAGGUAUAUCUGCGUUCUUGUGCAGCCUCACGCAACUGAAAUAUUUGAAUUUAUCAUACUGCCCAAAUAUUGGGGAGCUACCAGAAGCUCUGGGCGGAUUAUCUGAACUGCAGUAUUUGAACUUAUCAUUCAGCUCAUAUCUUGAAUGUUUCGAAGAAGCAGAAGUUCUGGGGGGGCUCACUAAACUCGAGUAUUUGAACUUAUCUUCCGAGUAUUGUCAUCUCGAAAAGCUCCCUGAAGCUUUGAGCACUUUCAUUCAACUAAAGUAUUUGAACUUAUCAGGUUGUCGACUUAUGGCAAAAUUGCCACGCUUAUUUGGGCGUCUGAAAAAUUUGGUGCAUCUUGAUUUAUCUUACUGCUGUUUGAUUGAACAUUUAACGGAAGCUUUGGUUGGUCUAACAAAUCUGCAAUAUUUGAGUUUACUCACUACAUUUGUCAGCUUGCUGCCGGAUGAUUUGACCAAACUUCGGUUACCACAGCUCACUAGCGGUUCACUAUCGUUGCCACACUUUGUGGUGCAAGCUGGUGAUGGUGACUCUAGCAGCAACCUUGUCCUACUACAGCACACAGAUCCUGCCGUACUGGAGAUAACUAAACUUGAAAAUGUGAAGUCUGCAGGAGAGGCACAACGUAUAAAAUUAAUGGAAAAGCAAAGCCUGGAAGACUUGAAACUGGAGUGGAUUGGAGAUGUCGAGAGGUUUGUGGAUGACAAGAUGCUGUUGGAAAAUCUACUGCCACCAAGCACAUUGAAGAAGUUGAAGAUAUGUGGUUAUAAUGGUGUCAGCUUUCCAGCCUGGCUAGUGAACCAAGUACCAAACCUAGAAAAUUUGGUUCUGAGAGGUAUGGCAAGCCUGGUUGAGUGGAACAUGUCAUAUUCCAGUGGUGAAGAGCACGUGAUUGAGAGACUGGAAAUACAUGAUUGCCCCAUGUUAAGGAUGAAACCGCUUCCACCAAAAUGUAAAUGUUUAUUGAUAUCGAACAGUGAUAAUGUGUUAUCAUCAUGGGAAGAGUGUACUGUGUCAGACACCAAUGGUUCCUAUUCUUCUCCAAUAACCACUGAGCUGUCAGUUAAACACUGCAUGGUACCUCUGUAUCAGUGGAGGUUGAUUCAAUACUUCUUUGGCCUCACUGUUUUGUCCAUUGAAAAUUGCAGUGAUCUAACCGGCUCAGCGGACACCAUCCAACAUCUCUCCUCUUUGGAGAAACUGUACCUGCAAGACCAAGACCAAGAAGAACUUCCAAAAUGGAUGGGUGAGCUCACAUCUCUACAGGGUCUGACAAUGGAAAGAUGCAAAUGGCUAAAAGGGUUUAACGAGAACAUGAGGCAACUCACACAGCUAAAAUCACUGUACUUGUCGAAGUGCACGAGCAUAUCACUGCCUCAUUGGUUAGGCGAAUUAACCUCUCUCAAGGAACUCACCAUAAAGGAGUGUGAUGUCUUGAGAAAUUUGCCGGAAAGCAUACAGCUACUCACCAACCUCCGAGUUCUGGCAAUUAGUUGCUGCCCUAAACUAAAGUUUGUGAUUGAACCAGAGGAGGGGAAGAUAAAGCUCACUCAUAACCAAGAAAGGGGUAUAAGGUCUUUGCCUUGGGGCAUACAACAACUCACCAACCUCAAAGCACUAUACAUUCGUGGUUGCCCUGAACUAUACCAGUGGUGUCAAUCAGAGGAGAACAAGAUGAAGCUACUUCACAUAGGAUACAAAGUGAUUAAGAUACAUGCUUGUGCUGAGUAUGACACACAACUGAAAGCAACAAUUCGUUUAGCAUUUUUUACAACAUGA